AUGGCUGCUCUCACCAUGAAUUCUCACCAGCUCUGUGAGCAACAAAUCGACGAUUUCUACGUGUACCAUCGCCUGACAGUCCAAGAAGCUUCGUUGUCAAAUUCGCUGUGCAGUCGCAAUUCCCUGCCAACUGCAAUAUUACCAUCGCAAUACAAUAGCUCUUUGCACCGAUCGAGCUUUGGCCUUAUUCCUGGGCACGAGGUAAUCGAAACUAGCGUCCGCUUUGUGGGGAUAAAUCGCAUUGCCAGACACUGCGAGUUUAAACUGCAUGUUGAUACUGGAAAAGAGCAAUUUGUACUACAUAAGCGCUUUUCGCAAUUUCGCGACUUGCGCAAGCAAUUGUUGCUAAACAGUAAAGCUGCAACUGGGACAGAUGAGAAGGGAAGUAAAGUUGUGUGUCGCAACGGGGCGUGUUUACAGAUCGCACAGCACCUCCCCUCACUCAAAUUCCCGCGACGUAGAAUGAAGCUUCAUUUGUGUCAAAAUGAUGAUAUCAAUACCGCGAAUGCGCGACAAGUUGAGCUGCGGUCCUUUGUCGAAUUCCUUCUUACAACCUAUCGCAAAGCGUCAAAGCGCCAGGCGUUGACUUUUCCGAUUGGAAAGCUACUAGCAUUUAGAAGUAUCUGCAAUUAUAACGUUCCUGUAUCAGACACAUCGUCGUCAUCACCCAGCAAUGAAGUAGUCAUGACGACUGCUUUGAUGGAGCCGCCAAUUCAAGUUUCGCAUGCGGAUAGACUCUACACAAUUUCUGAAGACAAAGAGCUUGCUCGUACUUGA